GCUUUUUCAACCAAUCUAAUAUACCCACAGUAACUCUUUAAUCGUGAUUACGCGUAAUAUUUUAUGAUAAACAUUUGUGCUAGUCCGCAUUGUGAUUAAUAACUCCGAUAAUUAUCCAUCUGAAUAUACAUAUACUCCGAUACAAAUCUAUACAUAUAUUCAUACACAAAUAUAUAUACAUAUAUAUACAUGUAUAUACAUUUACGCAUACAUACAUACAUGUCUAUACAUGUACACAAAUAUAUAUAAAGUAUCAUGAGAACGUUUGUGAAAUUUACUGAAACAUAAACAAUUCCUGUGAAAACUCCCAAGAUUAUCAUUGGGCGGUGUCAGGUUAGGACUUUGAUAAAAAAGUGAAAAAAAUAAAAAAACUGGCGAUUUUAAAAAAUUUUAUAACAAAAAUGAUAGACGAGGACGAUCACGAUGAACAAGUACGUUGUACCGGUAGUGAUGUGGAAAUAGAAGAGUACACGGACACGGAGGAACCAGCAUACACAACUUAUCAGUCAACUGACAAGCUCUUUGAUACAGAGCAACCGUGUUGGCAAAGGUUUAGUUUUCUAGCCACCUUGGGCAUUGUCACAGCAUCGGUUACAACCUCUAUCAUCAGUUUGCCACUCUACCUCGAGAAUGUCAGCGGUACAGCGAAUGCCUACACAGGACUUUUAUUCAUCGCAUUUUUAUCAACUUGUAUUUUGGGAUUGAUUUGCGUUAUUGGGGAAAAAGUAUCGCCACCACCUACACUUGUUCCCAAUAGUCUCAAAAUAAAAAUACCAAGAUGUAGUCUCAUCAAGAUAAGUUGUUUUUACGCACUCUCGGGAAUACUUGCGACACUUUCAUUGGAUCAAAAUCGAGUGCUUUGUCACCUUCAGGAUCCUAUCAAGGGCAUAACGCUUGUUUUCUCCCUUGUUUACUAUUUUUUCUUCUGUCGCAAAAUGAUGAGUCUUCAGCGUAUAUUUUCCAGUACAACGAUAAUAGUCGGUCUGUUCAUAAGUGUGGACUACGGACUGUGUGAUGAAUUUCGGUGUCGCGGCCGCGAAGUAUCUGCACACACAUUAACAGAGAGAGGUUCUUGGGGUAUACGAGCGGUUUGGACACUAGUUUAUGUGGCAUCACUGGCAGUGUUUGCUAUGGUCUUCACUCUACUGGAGCUCCACUUCACCACUGGGCAGCAAAGUGCCUGUCGUUUGUUGACGACUCAGCACAAUUCAUUCCUCUACACUGUAUCGAGGCUGGUAUCAUCUCGUGAUAUAAGACGACGUGGUUCUGAAGAAGAAGGGGGCCGUUUAUUACAUGUCACUGAUCCAGACCCGACGAUCAAGCAUAAGCACUUACCCAAACCACCGAUACUUAAAACUUUGUUUCAUAUUCAUGCCAUUUCUUUUAUUGUCAUUCUCGCGUUUAUCUGGAUUGAUACGCUGCCUGGUAUUGGUCGAGGUCUUACUCCAAAAGAGCUGUACACAACAAUUGAGCACGGCUUCAAGUGUCACUUUAAAAGCAGCAGCUCUUGCACUGGAGUAGCGAACCACGGAUGGAUUUUUCUUUUCUCCUACAUCACCUUCUCCAUAUCAAUCCUGAAUUUUUUGUCCAUGUGUGAGAGUGCUGUCUUCACCGUUGCUGCAACUACUAUUUCUCUACCUCUAUCCGGCAUUUGGUGGAGUAUUUAUAAGAUGGAUGUUGGUUCUAAUGGAGGAAUAAUUAUAUGGUCACCUGGUGUAACUGGUGAACUUAUCUGCGCUCUUCUUGGUCUUCCUGUAGUACUACUUGGACUUGGUCUUCUUAUAAGAUCUCACUUUCGUGAUACUCAACCUACUUACCAAAGUAUUCCACCUCCAGAUCUACAUCGCGAAAUCUACAAUAGAUGAAUUUCAUCCUUUAAAAAAAUUUAAAUUAACUUUUAUUUAUUAAUAGAAAUUAGAAACAUGAAAGUAU